CGUUGCACAAGACAAGCUCAUGCCUGCGAGUGCAAUCAUCCUCAGACGUUGGAUUACACUUUACUCCAGAUUACCACAUCUUGCCAGUGAGCAAUGAGCAUACUGUGCUCGGCAGCUUCGGUCCCGUCCCGAUCGUUCGUGCUUUCGUCUCCACACUGGAACUUGUCAAAACAAAUCCCGACAAACCUGUUCACCCCCGAUUGCGGAAUGUCAGUCGCGGCGUUAUUUCGCUGCACGUUAUAUCCGGAGGUGCUACAAAGUCGCAAUCUUGAAACCUCAAUCCCGAGGGAUAAUCGACCAUCUUCAGAGCAGCACGUCGCGCACGCAGCAAGACGCUUCAGAAAUAGUAACACACGAUUCAUAAGUUCAGCCACUGCAUUGUGUCAGUGUUUGGUGUUCCUCAAGCACGUUUUGGUGUUCGCACGCAAGAUGGAAGGAUCAAAUGAGUUCCCGCCUCAUCAUUUCGCCAACGUUUGAUCUCCACUUAGCGCAUCUACACCCUGAAUACUCAUCAGAAAAUCCUGUGGAACUCAUCUCACUAAGCUUUUCGCAAAUGUCCACAGCGUGAGCCUAGACCUGGGGUCCUCGAAAGCAGCUCGUGCGGUUGGGGCAUCCUGCAUGUCUGCAGCCGUGCCGCUCCCGCCGUUUGACGUGGUGACAGUGAGCUCAUUUACUUCCGAGCAAAUUUCCACGCAAUGUUGGGUUCUACUACAUGUGGCAAGGUAGACGAGAUUUUGUACCAGGGU